AUGACUCCGGCUGAGUUAGCGGCAACUUGUGCCCAUGUAAUGGCUGUAGAGUAUGGUGAAUUGGCUGGGAAACGAGUAUUAGAUUUAGGAUGUGGAACCGGUAUGUUGAGUGCAGCUGUUUUGGCGUAUGGGGCUAAAGAAGUGGUUGGAGUGGAUAUUGAUCAGGGAUUAUGUGAGUUGUAUUGUGAUAAUUUAGCACAUGUAUCUGAUGAACCGGCUGUGUUUGUGCAUCGAGAUGUUGUGAAUGAUAGUUUGGUGGAUUUAGGAGAGUUUGAUGUGGCUGUAGUUAAUCCGCCAUUUGGGACUAAGAAUAACGAAGGGAUAGAUGUAGUCUUUUUGGAGAAGGCAUUAAGUUGUGCUCGGGUGGUUUAUUCAAUGCACAAAAGUAGUACUCGUGAAUACUUUCGGACUAAGUAUGCAGGCCGGAUUAAGUUCCUCUCACAAAUGAAGUUUGAGAUACCCAAGAGUUAUAGCUUCCAUCGGAAAGAGAGUGUGCAUGUCUUGGUAGAUCUGAUAAGAGUUGAAAAUAGAGUAAGUUAA